AAUUUGGACAUUAGAAAGUUGACAGUGAAUAUCGUCUGCAUUUAGAGACUGAACAUGACUUCCACCUCAAAUGAUGUUUUGGCACGCAUGAGAGAUACCCUUGAACAUGACUGUCAUGGUGCUUCACAUGUAUUUGUCAUUCUUGGAGCUUCAGGUGACUUAGCUAAAAAGAAGAUUUAUCCAACACUAUGGUGGUUAUAUAGAGAUGGUUUAUUACCCAAGAAGACCUCAUUUAUUGGUUAUGCAAGAAGUAAGUUGACAGUUGAUGAAAUUAAACAAAAAACCAUCAAAUUUAUGAAGGUAGAAAAAGAUGAAGAAAAGAAGUUAGAGGAGUUUUUUAAGUUAAAUAGUUAUGUAUCUGGAGCGUAUGAUAAAACAGAAGCAUUUUCAGCCUUAAAUAAAGCUAUUGAUGCCAAAGGAUCCUGUAAUAGGUUAUUCUAUUUGGCCUUACCACCCUCUGUAUAUGAAUCAGUUACAUUAAAUAUAAAAGCAGUAUGUAUGUCCAAAGAUGAUAAAAAUUGGACAAGAAUUAUUGUUGAAAAACCAUUUGGUCGUGAUUUAGAGAGUUCCAAUACACUAUCAUCUCAUUUAGCAGCCUUAUUCAAAGAAGAAGAGCUAUAUAGAAUAGAUCAUUAUCUUGGCAAAGAAAUGAUCCAAAAUCUCAUGGUACUCAGAUUUGGCAACAGAAUCUUCAGUCCCAUUUGGAAUAGAGAAAGUGUUGCUAGUGUUGUUAUAAGUUUUAAGGAGCCAUUUGGAACUCAAGGUCGAGGAGGAUAUUUUGAUGAAUUUGGAAUCAUCAGGGAUGUUAUGCAGAAUCAUUUACUACAAAUUCUAAGUUUAGUUGCUAUGGAGAAACCACCAUCAACAGGAGCAGAAGAUAUCCGAAAUGAAAAGGUGAAGGUAUUGAAAAGUAUCCCACCUGUAUUAAUGGAGAAUGUAGUAUUAGGACAGUAUAUUGGUAAAAAGGGUGGGGAAGGAGAAGAAGCUAAGGGAUAUUUAGAUGAUCCCACUGUCCCUAAAGGAUCUGUAACACCCACAUUUGCUUCCUGUGCAUUGUUUGUUAAAAAUGAGAGAUGGGAUGGAGUACCUUUUAUACUUCGCUGUGGAAAAGCAUUGAAUGAAAGAAAAGCUGAAGUUAGAGUACAGUUUCGAGAUGUACCUGGUGAUAUAUUUAGGGAAGGUGAAGUAAAAAGAAAUGAACUAGUAAUAAGAGUACAGCCUAAUGAAGCUGUUUAUAUGAAAAUGAUGAUGAAGACACCUGGUAUGAGUAUUGAUUGUGAAGAAUCUGAGUUAGAUUUAACAUAUGAUAAUAGAUAUAAAGGAGUUAAGAUGCCUGAUGCUUAUGAGAGAUUGAUAUUAGAUGUUUUUAUGGGUUCUCAAAUCCAUUUUGUAAGAUCUGAUGAACUACAUGAAGCCUGGAGAAUAUUUACUCCAUUAUUAAAACAAAUUGAUAAAGAGAAGCCCAAACCUAUCGAAUAUGUUUAUGGGAGUCGUGGACCAAAAGAAAAUGACAAGUUAUGUACAGAAUUUAAUUUUAUAUAUACAGGAACAUAUAAAUGGGUAAAACCACAACCUCAUCUUUAA